AUGGAUAUCAUUGUUUCUAAACUCGAAGGCUGUGCCUUCCUGUUUCGAAUCCCCAACGUUGCUACCCGGAAUCAUGUUAUCAAACAGCGUUUAUGGCAAAUCGAGGGCCAAACGAUGUUUGUAGCAAACUGGGAGCCAGGUAACCUCCCUGAGAAACCUGCACUAACUUUUGCCCCAAUCUGGCUAGAACUUCGGAAUGUCCCUCUCCAAUUCUUCAAUGAGGAUGGACUGGAAAGGAUCGCGGGCCUGGUAGGACAUCCCAAGUAUCUUCAUCCAGCUACGGCCAACAAAACAAACUUAGAAGUUGCUAAGGUGCUCACUAUCAUUGAUCCGAGAGAGCCUCUACCGGAAGCAGUCAAUGUUCAAUUUGAUUCUGGCCACAUUGCAAGGGUGAAAGUGUCGAGCCCGUGGAUGCCACCGGUUUGUUCUCACUGUAAGGAGAUUGGCCACAACAUAAAGCGCUGCCCCACUCCACCAAAAACUUGCAAAACUUGCAAGUCUACGGUUCACACAUCUGAAGACUGCCCCCGUGCUAAAAAUCAGAGCCAGAAGAAAAGUAAGAGGCCGAGACGCCCAACCUCCCCUCGGGGCCCAGUUCAUACCGUGCAACAGGAUGGCUCAACUCCUAGCACAGAUGCAAGAGGUGAGAACCUUUUGACCGAUAAGGGAAAGGGCAUAGCAGUCUCAACUGACCCCCAACCCUCAUCUUCCAAGGCUCGAACAAAGACUGUUAUCACUGCAAGUUUUGCGGGACCCAGUAGGGCAUCUGAUGGCCGUUCAGUCUCUGAAGUUGAUUCUGAUUCUUCUGACAUCCCUUCAUCUGACCCUGAUACUGAAGAAGGAGAAUACAUUCCGGUUAGAACAAGACAUAAGGCCAGAUAUGGUCGGGACAGAGGUCCCAAACCCAACUAA